GUACCGUCCAAGUCAGCAUGGGUCGUGGUAUGCUGGUUACAGCACUUGCAGUUCUCUUAGUAGGACUAGCACAUGCUGAGCCAGAAGAUGAGCUACAGAACUUCGAAUGGAUCGGAUAUACAACAAAUGUUGAUGAUCCUAAAUAUAGACUAAAGGAUAAUGUUCAACCCUUAAAUAUUAUUGUUGACUUGGAUGUUUAUUUAACUGAAUCUAGGUUUACUGGUGUUGUGAAUAUUGAAGUGGAGGUUCGUGAAAACAUAACUCAAUUAGUACUUCACCAGAACGUAGUCUCCAUUGGAGAGGUCACAGUGGUUAAUGCUGCUGGUCAGCCAGUGGUGCUUCAGUUCCCUAACCCCAUCACAACAGAUAGCUAUUAUGAAAUCCUCAACAUAAACUUCGCAUCGACCGUCAUCCCUGGAAUAUACUUCGUCACUAUUAAUUACGAAGGUCGUAUUAAUGAAAAUCCACAUGAUAGAGGUUUCUAUAAGGGAUAUUAUUACUAUGGUGCUCAAUUAAGGGAAUAUGCAACGACCCAGUUCCAGCCAUUCCACGCCAGGAAAGCCUUCCCCUGCUUUGACGAGCCACAGUUCAAGUGUCCAUUUGUGAUUUCAAUCACCCGAGAUAGUAACCUUAGUCCAACUUUCUCAAACAUGGCAAUAAACAGUACCGAAAUUAUUGGCAAUCGUGUCCGAGAAACUUUCCUACCAACACCCAUUAUAUCAUCUUACCUCGUCGCUUUCCACGUUAGUGAUUUCGUAGCCACAAGUACUACUGGUACCGCUGCAAAACCAUUCCAAGUGAUAUCCCGACAAGGAGAUAUUCUUAGUCAACACAGCUAUGCUGCGACUGUGGGAUUCAAUAUAACUGAAGAAAUGUCUGCAUACUUCGACUACGAAUAUUAUAAUAUGGGAAAUUACUCAAUGAAGAAUGAUCAUAUAGCCCUGCCAGAUUUUCCAUCUGGUGCUAUGGAAAACUGGGGAAUGGUUAAUUACAGGGAAGCCUAUCUGUUAUAUGAUCCACAAAAUACAAAUGUGGUAGACAAGUUAUUUGUUGCUACUAUCAUUGCUCAUGAAAUGGCACAUAAGUGGUUCGGAAAUCUGGUGACAUGUUUCUGGUGGAGCAAUUUGUGGAUUAAUGAAUCAUUCGCUAGUUUCUUUGAAUACUUUUCCGCACAUUGGGCUGAUCCUUGGCUUGAGUUAGACGACCGUUUCAUCUUAGCUAGAGUACAGAGUGCCUUAGUCGGUGAUGCAAGUGCUAGUAUAAUGCCAAUGAAUUGGACUGAGGUAGCAAACUUAACAACAAUUUCGGGACACUUUGGAACAUCCAGUUAUGCUAAGGGAGCGUCAGUAUUGAGGAUGUUAGAGCAUUUUGUCACACCGAUUGUUUUUAGAAAUGCGUUGAGAUACUACUUAAAAGAAAAUGCUUAUGGUAUUGCUUAUCCUGAAGACAUGUAUGAAGCGUUCCGAGUUACUGUCAAUCAAGAUUCCACAUUUGCGGCAGCCUAUCCAAAUAUUGAUAUUGGUGCAGUUUUCGAGUCUUGGGUUCAAAAUCCUGGUUCACCAGUCGUUGAUGUAGCUGUUAAUAUGACAACUGGUCUUAUCACAGUCACACAGGAACGUUUUCAAUUGACCGGAACACCACCCAAUACUAUUUGGCAAAUUCCAAUUUCAUGGACACAUGGAGGCAGUCCCGAUUUUAGCAAUACUAGACCUCAAUUUGUCCUGACCAGCAAAACAACUACGAUACAGAAAGAUCCAGGACACGCAUGGGUAGUCUUCAACAUUGCAUCAUCUGGUCUCUACCGUGUAAGCUAUGAUGACCACAACUGGGAGAUGAUUGCAGCACAACUGCGUAAUGACAGAAAUGUUAUUCACAAGCUCAGUAGGUCACAGAUGGUCAACGACAUCCUAUUCUUCAUCAGAGCUGGACACACCCACCGUAUUACUAUUCCUCGUGCAUUUGACGUUCUAUCGUUCCUGGCAAAAGAAACUGACUAUUACGUAUGGAAUGGUGCCCUCACUCAACUUGACUGGAUUCGUUCAAGACUUCGGCAUUUACCCGCUGCUUACCAAGAAUUCAAUGAAUAUCUAUUGGAGCUGAUGGAUACGGCUGUUAAUGAAGUAGGAUAUGAAGAAGGUGCUGAUGAUAGUGCAUCGACAAUUCAACAAAGGAUGCAAAUUCUUAACUAUGCAUGCACUUUGGGACACCAAGGAUGUAUUGCCGACAGCUUGCAGAAGUGGAACGAAUUCAGGAACGAAAACAAACCGGUUCCAGUAAAUGCAAGACGCUACGUCUACUGCACUGGUCUCCGUGAAGGAAACAUCACAGACUUCAAUUUCCUAUUCCAAAAAUAUAACACCUCCGAAAAUACUGCUGAUAUGGUGGUUAUGCUUCGUACUCUAGCCUGCACUAAAGAUCAAUCUGCUAUAAAAGAGUAUUUGUUCCAGUCAAUGUACAAUGAUAGGAUCAGGAUCCACGAUAGAAAUAAUGCCUUCUCUUUCGCAUUACUCGGCAAUGAAGAAAAUUUGGACACAGUUCUCACAUUCCUGUUUGAGAACUAUGCUGAUAUAAGAAUAUGGUACGGAGGUGAUGUAAGACUUACGAAUGCCAUUUCUGCGGUUGCGGCCCAUCUGACUAAUUUCAGCGACAUCGUCAAGUUCCAAGCUUGGGCGUACGAGAACCAAAUCGCACUGGGAACUUCAUUCAGCACAGCUGUUGGAGUCGUUAAUACAGGCGUGGCCAACUUGAGGUGGGGUAACAAUGUCGCAGCAGAAAUCUUCUCCACAUUAAGAAGCAGGAGUUCAGCAACUUCGCUCACAACUUCAAUCUUUAGUAUUGCAGCUACUUGUCUUGUUGUUGCAUUAGCCCGAUAAGAGUAGUUUUUAUUUAUUUUAUUUAUAACAUUAUAGUUUUCUUGUUCGUAAUAAAAUCUUUGCUUUGCA